CAUGACUGAUAAGUCAGAGAAAACGAAAGCGAUUGAUACUGACGUAGAGAGAGAUGAGUCCGAAGAGCAAUGGAGCGAUGAUGAUUCCGAUACGAGAGAAAUCGUUCUCGGCCUCCCUGCUUUGAGUAUCAGCAGUAGAGUAUCUGGUGAUAUUAUUGUCGCUGAAAGAGAGGAAGAUGAAACGCGUUUGAACGAGCAAGUGGAGGAAAAUGAAGCGCGUUUAGCGGUUGUUGCGGCAGGGUUGGUUGUGGCUGCGGCAGAGGAAGCUGUUACGAAAGGGAAGAGUGAUGCGGGUGCGGGUGGGAGCGAAGCUCGUUUGAAUGAGCAAGCGGUUGUUGCGGCAGGGUUGGUUGUGGCUGCGGCAGAGGAAGCUGUUACGAAAGGGAAGAGUGAUGCGGGUGCGGGUGGGAGCGAAGCUCGUUUGAAUGAGCAAGCGGUUGUUGCGGCAGGGUUGGUUGUGGCUGCGGCAGAGGAAGCUGUUAUGAAAGGGAAGAGUGAGGAGGGUGGGAGUGGUGGGAAGAAGAAGAGUAGACCGAGGACGUCGACCAAAACUGAUGACGAGGCGGAUGGUUCAAGCAAAGGAGAAGCGAAAAAGCCUAAGAAGAAAAGUUCGGAAUUGACUAAUCCACCGAAAGGACCACCAGUUUGUCACAUCUGUGGAAGACGUUUUGGAUCUUGGAAGGCUGUGUUUGGACACAUGAGGGCUCACAAAGAUAGAAACUAUCAAGGGUUUCUUCCUCCUCCUACGUUCUCUGCGGCGGCUGAAGUCUUUACGAUCCCGGGGAAAAGCUCUGCUUUUACUCUUGUCACUGCAGGAGGAGGAAGUUCUAUUGCUAUUGCAAGCGGAGGAGGAAGUUCUGGUGGUGUUGCAAGCGGAGUAGGAAGCUCUGGUGGUGUUGCAGGCGGAGUAGGAAGCUCUGGUGGUGUUGCAAGCGGAGUGGGAAGUUCCGGUGUUAUUGCCAGCGGUGGAGCUAGUGGGGCUUCGGAAGGUGAAGGUGGGAGAGAUGUAGGGAUUGAUUUGAAUGUGAAAGCCGUGGAGGAUACAGAAGCAGCGAGUGGAUCUGGAACUGCUGCCAAGUUCGAUCUUAAUAAAUCACCACCGAAAGAAGAUGAGGAGGAAGACAAAGCCGAGUGAAAAUCUGUUUCAGUCAACUUAUUUAAUAAAGCUAAUAUUCUUUUGUUACAUACAUUUAUUUAUCGUUGAACUUAUUAAAUUAUCUUAUAUUUUCUUUUGUUUUAGACGGAUGUUUUGCUAUAAU